UCAGGAUUAUGGUGUUUGAGUCGUAGGAUGGCCGAAUGCUACGACCAAGACCAAGAAGAUCGGUACCGCCUCCUACACCGCCGUUUGGCCACGGCCUAUCGGCCCUCUCCACCUCAUCGGCCAGAUGAUGACGAGAUCGAACCUCCUCCACCUGUUGCUGCUGCUGCCUCGGCUGCAUCGGUCGUUCCGUCUUCUGCUGGCACCGCCCACCUCUUUGGAGGAUCGUUCCAGUUCAUCGUUCAAGAACAAGCCAAGUCUAUGGUGGCUAUUCAGGAAUUGCAGCAGGAAGUGGGCAGCUUACUCUUGUUCCGGCAGGCCGUUUUAGCCGCACUUCCGCAUCUCCAUCAACAACAGCAGCAGCAGCAACCAUCUAACGCUCUACUUCUAGCCCAGGGCAACAACAACGCCACCAAAAUCAUUGCCGCCGCAAAUACAAGUGCUGCUGCUGCUACUGCUGCUGCCAAUGCAAUUAUUGGAGGACAGAGCUGGACUCGCCGGAAGCAACAACACUUGCAACAGCAACAGCAACAAUUAACUGGCGGAGGAGGUGGUGGCUAUCGUAGCCUGCAGGAUGGGUCAUCGGAUCAGCCCACGGCGUCGGCUGCCAUUGCGUCAUCGUCAUCCAGCAACAAUCCCGUGGUGGAUUCCGGUUUCAGUACGGAGGCCAGCAACAGCAACACGAGUCCGCGCAGUAGCCGUUUCGACACGACCUCGUCGUCCGAAAUGACAAUGUCGCACCACCAACAACAACAACAGCAGAUGGAGAAGGAAUUGUUGCAGCAUUUAGAGCGCGUCCAGCAACGAUUGGCCCGGCUCAAGAAGGACGAGGAUCGAUUGCUGACGCUGUUGAAUUUGAAACGCAUGGCCAAUGGGACGGCGAGCGGAGGGAGAGAAGCGGCGGCCACGGCGAAUGACGACGACGAAUUGUGGGUCCUAUUGGAAGAGAUUCAAUUGCGGAGUCAAGCCAUGCGCAAUUCGAGCGCGGCCGAAGCCAAGGACGCGGUGAACAAACCGGAAGAGGCCAUCCACAGCCAUCAACAGCAAUCUUUGAGUCAUAAAAAGCGAGUCAGUUUUCAACAACAGCAACAACAGUUACUGGAAACAGAAGGCAGUCAUCGCGUCGUUGUCGCCUCUUCAGACUCGGUCGACGUUCUUCCGUCGCCUGCGGGCAAAUUGUCGUGCAGCACUUUAUCUAGCAGUUCGUCGUCCCGCUACCAGCCGCCCAGCCGAGACCAGGUAGCCACCAUCCUGAGGCUCACCAAUCCGGUUCAACUGCAGCGCCACCUGCUCCGCGCUCUGCUGGACAAUCAGACGUUGAGGGAGCAAGUGGAAAGCGGAAGAUGCGACGUCGAGUCACGUGAUGUCCAAUGGCGCACGAAAAGCCAAUUGGCCGUCGAACAGAUGACGGCGCUACGUGAUGAAAACGAAGAUUUGCGGUUCCAGUUGGAAGAACAGAAAAUUGAGCUGGAAGGUACUAAAGCGCGAUUGCGAAUGCUCAAUCGCGUUCCGUCGCCGUCUCCGCUUCAUCACGUAACACCGGCUGUGACGAGCGUUCGCGUCCGCGCCACAUCGACGCAAACGGACCGACCAACGACCCUUCUCCUUCAUCAUUCGCCCGUCCCAUUACCGGCCAAAACGGUGCCCCAAUGUUGCAGCCAAGGCACCCAGACGACCGUGGCGGAAUUAUUGGCGGAAGACAACAACAAUAAAGUUGUUGUUGUUGGGGGUGGCGGUGGCGGCGGCCGAGCGUUGCCUCGAGUGGUUGACGCUUCGCCAAAACCUCAGAAAUUGGUGUCUAAAUUGGUGGAUUUGGCCCACGGCAAUGGCGCGAAAGUGAACGGCUCGGGAAGUUCGUGGGGAGACCCGGACGAAGAACGGCCAAGUGUCGAGGGCGGUAGACGAAGUUAUUCCAGCCGCAUUCCAACGCCCAUCAAACCCACAGUCAUCCCGACGCCGGCCGUCGUCAGCGUCAACAAUUACAACAACAACAACAGCAGCAGCAGCAGCAGCAAAAUGGUGUCUGCCGUUGCGGCGACAUCUACUCCGUCCAAACGAGAGCUGCCCGAUAUUCCCGUGACCAACAAGAUGAUGAUGACGAAAUCGCCGCUAGGUGUAGUGACUCCGGUCAGCGCGAAAAUCUACCAACAACGAGGCAGCAAGUCCGAUCCGGCCAAUGCAGUAGCCACAACGAAGGUACUAGCAUCAUCCACUUCUUCUACUACUACCACUACUACACCAGAGAUUCAACAACAGCAACAUCAACAACCGAAUCUACUCCUACACCAUCCCCACCAAAAUACCAAUCAUCCCCGACCUGUCAAAACGUCGUUCUGGGGAGCCUGGUGGCGUCUUUGACAUUUUGAAAACCUCCACCUACCCCCGAAUCUUCUUACCUUUAAAAGAAAAAAAAAAAGUUGAUUUUUUUUUAAAGUUCUGAUCCGUUCCCAUCCUAUUCCUUAAUUGUUAAAAUGCGCUCGUAUGCGGGGGAUGGCUUUUGAUUAUUAUUUUUUCUUUAGUUAUUUUUAUUAAUUGAAACCCUCCAAAUUCUUUUAUUAAAUUUUAUUGAACGAAAAAAAAAAAAAGAAACAAAAA